AAAAAUGUACAAACACUCUCUCAGUAACCUCUUCAUUGUAGGUUUAUUAUUGUGUCUCCUUGUUGGUUGCGUCUACUCUUCUCAAGUUGUUGAUAACGUCUUGGAAAAGAGUGGAGCUAAAAUUGAAACUCUUCCAAUUGGUGUCACUACAAAGGAUCAAGUUGCUGAACUUCAUGAAUUUGUUGUCAAACCACUUGUAAAGGUUGUUGCUAAUAAAAUUGAAAAGGUUGCUAAAGAACAUCCAAAGGAAGCUAAUCAAAUUAAGAAGGACGUUAAUAGUUUGAAGCAAAAAUUGGAAAGUAGACUCAGAGGACAAUUGAACCAAAAAGAUGCCAAGAAGAUUAUGAAGCAAAAACAAGAAGAACUCAUUGCUGGAAUUAGAUCCAAUCUUGGUCUUUAAACAAAUAUUGAUAGUUCAAUAAAUUAUCAAUAUAAAUGUUUAAAUCCAUGUUGUUGGCACAGAAAUGUCAACUGUAACUACUUGUAAAUUAUAAUAAAUAAUUGUAAUAUA